AUGACGAACUCGACGAAUUUGCAUCGCUACGCUGGAAUUCUGGCUGUUCUUGGAGUUUCCGCGGCCAGUCUGUUCUACAUAAUGUGGCGCAGGAGAAAUCCGAGGAAGAGUGGUCCAACGGUGAAAGAGUUGAAAGAUUUGGGUAACAAACUUUUUGCGGCCAAGAAGUACGAAGACUCCAUCAAACAUUAUGGUGGCUACAGUAUCGAUGACAUGUUAAGUGACUGUCAGAACGCCCUCAAAUAUAACCCUCGAUACGCAAAAGCUUAUCUUAGAAAAGCUCGUCUUUUAAAUAUGAAGAAAGAAUACAUGCCUUCUCUUGUCUGUGUAUAUUGCGCUACCCAACUUGAUCGUGCUCUUGACACUCAGGCAAAAACUAUUUUGUCAUCCUUGCUGGAGAAGCUUGAGAAAAAUUCUUAUGAAUCAUGGCUUCAUGACAGCAGUGUUCAAGGUUCAAAAAAGCACGUACGUCAUGAGAAGGUCUACAACUGGUUACACAAGACGGUGGUUUCUGACUGUAUUCGUCGUGACGUCAUUUCGCCACGCGUUUUUGGGAACUCACCAUAUGCCACUGCUAUCCUGAAGGUGCGCAAUAAAGAAUAUGAUGACGUCGCGGAUACAGCAAUACAGGAAGACGGAGAAAACUUGCUGAAAUCUCUUAUACUUGCUGGUCGCUUUUAUUUCUACCAGAAUCGUUUGGAUCUCCUAUCGUCUUGCUUGGAAAGAUUCGACAUGCUCUUCAAUGAGUUGCCUGAAACAAGGAACGUUGAAAAACAAGAAUUGUUGAACGCCAAGUAUAUUUUGUGCAUUGAGGCUGGACGCACAUAUCACGAAGUUAAGAAAGCGUUUACAAACGCUGUGGAGAAUGCUGAUAGAACAAAUGCGGAUUUCUACGUUAUGGCGGCAGUCCGUUACGUUUUGUGUAAUGAACCAUGUGCAGCUAUGGAAAUCUUAUCAACUGAAGGGAUUUACACGGAUAACGUGAAGCUGUUGCAGCUCACUCUUCAAAUUUUAAACAAUUUCAUCCCUGGUGACCGCACUCUCGAUAUGGGGAUGUUACACAGAAAUAUACUGGACUUAGAAAACUUUGUUUCAAGACUUGAGCCGAAAACUGGUUAUGCGCUUUCUGCUCUUGCUAAGAUAACAGCAACAUUCAGUAGCGAUGAAUCUGCACGACUUAUUUCGGAAGAUGUCCUCAGAUUGGAGCCUAAUGAGUCAAUUCACUACUAUGAUAGAAGCUGUAUGGCGGCAUCUUGUAAAGAAGGUAUCGAUUACUUGGAGAAGUGCUUGGCCAUUGAACCAUACCACGCAGAGGCUAAUCUUAUGCUUGCUAGUUUGUUAUUGAAUGAAAUUGGCGCGAGGGCGCUCACGGAGGAUGAGUACGAAAAAAUAGAGAAGCACAAUUACAUCGCUUUGUCUACAUUCGAUGACAACAUAGAUUUUCCUGUUCUCAUGGGUGUCUUUCGCCUACGUGAAAUUCUGCUAGCUAAGAAAGAGGUUUCUAAGAUUCUUGGUUCUUGA